CUUGUCACAAGACGUAAUUCAACAGUAUCAGGCGAUCUCUCUUACACUAAAGUACACGUGCACCGGUUAUUUCUAUCAAUCUUUUUUUACGUCAAGGCCCUUAUAUUUUAUUUAACAAGUGAGAUUUCGGGUCGCAAGUCGUGCUGUUUCCAAGAAUUCCUCUUUCUAGGUAAUUGCUCAGCUUAAGCUCCGGAGAUUGUGUGACAAGCCUAACCUUAGCACUUCGAGCGGCUAGCUCAACCUGGUGCUUGAAGGAAACGUUUUUAUCUUCGUUCUUGUGAUGAUGGAGUCGACAUAAAAGUAUGAAACAUUAACUGAGUUUAAAAAUUAAGGGCCGUAAAUCUGAUUGCCGAGAGGAAAGGACGAGAAAUCACGACCGUGUAAACUUGGGCUAUCAAGAUGAAUUUUGCCAACGCAUCAACAACGCAUCCACCCGUUACUUUGAGUUUUGGAGACAUCGGAAACACAACUUUAAACCGCGCUUUGGUAACCAUUACCUGCCUUUUAUCUCUGCUUGGGGCAUCAAUAAUAAUUAUUACAUACGUUGAAUGGAAGGAUAUGAGGUCGACUUCGAGAAGAAUCUUGGUUUACAUCUCCAUCGCUGAUAGUAUCGUGGCCGCAAGUUACAUCUUUGGCGCAUAUCUACCUCAAAACACAAACUCCAACGCUUGUACAACUCAGAGUUUUAUAUCCACCACCGCUAACUUAUGGUCCUUCUUUUGGACUCUUUUUAUGGCUAUAUUUUUGUACACGACGAUAGCUAUGCAAAAACCCAGCACGGCCUUAAAGAUGUUUUGGAUGUAUCAUGGCAUAGGUUGGGGGGUGCCAGUGUUUGUCGUCAGCUUUGCUCUGUUUGAGGGUGUUCUGGGGAACGACCGUGAUAUCUUUAGUUCUGCCUGGUGUUGGAUUAAGGUACAGGGUAGUGGAAAAAGCACUCAACAUCACAGCUAUAUCAUCUGGAUGCUUGUCACUGGCAAAGCAUGGGAAAUACUGGUCUUUGUUCUUAUUUUGAUUUUCUAUGGAUUGCUCAAGUGGCAUCUUCGCGAAGAGGUAAAAACAGUUUAAAUUAUAAACAGUUCUAAUUUUUAACUGAUAUCAUGAUGUAUCCCGCUAUGAUCUUUAAUCUUUACAAUCUUUACACGCGCUAAGAAAUUCAUCAGGCCACAAUGUACAAUGAAUAAAUUCAUAUAAGCUUAGAAGAACCUUUGUAAUCUUAAUUACUCACUACUGAGUAUAUAUUACUUCACCGAGUUAAAGCUCAUGAAUGCCUUUUAGAAAUUUGAGAUGUAUAUAAUGAUGAUAUGGUCAAAGCUGUCACGCAAUUCAAAACUUAACAGGACUAGCUGUCACGAUUUCUUUGGGGAGAUGAUGAUACUAAGAAUUUUCUCUCUUUGAGAGAACGACGGGAAGAACAUAUGGUUGGAACGUUAAUCUGUUAUUUUAUGAAUUUUAUUUAUAUAUUCAAUGAACUUAAUUCUUCAGAUAUAAAACACUGUAAAGGCCUCAAACUUUUGAAAGAAUACUUUCUGCUUCCUGUUCGCUCGUUGGUUUUCUUUUAUUCGUGAGACUCUUUAUUCAUCGUAAUCCUAGGUGACAACUGAUCAGAAUGAUGAAAGUUGGACCUGUAGUUUUUCAUAGGCUGGUUUUCCCGCCGUUUUCGGGUCCAGUCUAUAAUGGCCCCACUCCCUCCCCCCUCCCCACAGUCCCAUACACUUCGAGGGGGAGAUGCUCGGGCUCAGUUUAAGUUUCCUGAGCAGCAGCUGGCAAUAAAGCCUACGUUUUUCGUCUCUGUGGUAUAACCUAAGCCGAUCAUAUCAUUGCCUUUUCUUUUAGCUAGGUUGAAUUUUUUUCUUAUAGUAUUCUUUUGUUUAAAAAAUAUAUUUUAAACUGCUUUGUUUUCAGUUGCAUCGGAACGAAAGACAUCGGAUAAGAAGUAAUGCCCUAAAUGCAGCCAAAAGAGCUGACAAAAGGCUAACUUUUGUUCCUGUUAUUUUCCUUAUUCUACGAUCCUGUGGAAUGCUUCGCUUCUGUAUUUAUAUAUCUUCAUCUGAGGAGGAAUUAAAGUCAACAAAAACACUGAACAUCCAAGAAGUUUUGGUUUAUUUGCAGGUAGGUGUGGUGGUAUCAACUACCUAAACUCGUGCAUAUAAAACAAACAAAAAAGAGAGUAUCUAGUUUAAGGGAAAGGUCGAAGGAAAUAGCUGACCACAAAAACUAGUUGUACCCGUUGCUAACAACGGAUUUAGAUCCGGGGCCUUUUUGCCCAGGAGAAACCUCAUCUAGUAUCCCCAUUUUUUAAAAAAAGUUUGGCUCACUGCAGGAGAUACUUUGAAUGCUUUGUAAAAGAGAACGAGGCAGAAUUAAAACAAAAAUAGAUUGAGCCUCGGUGAUGUGUCCCUCUCGAAAAAUAAUUAAGCAGUGGCAAUAUUAUGUGAACGGUCUAUCUGAUAAUAAAGUAGCGCUUGUGUGUGUGUCGCAAUCCUUUUCCAGGACAACCCACAAUCUUUCUUUAUUACCCAAUUUCCAUAUUUUUUUUCUAGGGAAUUUGUGAGAGUGCACAAGGAUUCGCCAAUUUUAUAUUCUUCUGCUUGCUUACCAAGAAAUUCCAGGAAAAUUCACGGAGAUUGUUAUACAGACACUGCCCAUGUCUUGAGGAGAUCUGGGAAUACGACGCUACCAUAGAGCCAACCGAUCAGAGUAUUAAUCCAGCGGAUGGCUAUAACAUACUUGAUCUUGAGAGCACAGAAAUGAAUGAAACCGUCACGCUAUCUCGAACAUCUAAUUUAAAUGCAAAUUAUCUGGCCAUAACCUAAAGCUGAAGCCUUC